UGAAGAUGAAGAUCAAGUUGAUGAUGAUGACCAUGAUGAUGAUGAUGAUGAAGAUGAUGAUGAUUCGGAUGACGAAGGUGAAGAUGAUGGUGAUGUUGAUGAUGAUGAUGAUGAUGAUGAUGAUGAUGAUGAUGAUG